AUGACAUCGUUACCAGAUUGGUUUAAGAAGUCCUUUCCUGUCACUGUUAUUCCUCGUCGUGAUUUUUAUGUAUGUACCCACUGUCAUAGUCAAUCUUGUGGUGCGCUUUAUUCUUCAAUUUGCAUCAAAUGUGCUGGUAUUACUAGUAAUCCACCUCAUACGAUUCGUCCAGGUUAUGUUUGUGCUGACUGUAUUACCGGCUGUCCUGUAUGUCUCUGUGGUCGUGCUCUUCCUCGUGUUCACAUUCCCUCUCCUUAUCCUUUUCAUCGUUCUCCUGCUGCUUCUACUUCUCGACAUUUUUAUUCUCCUGCUAAACAAGGCUGUUGUUCUUCCUGUUGCAAAUUUUUAUGUGAAUCUUUGCGUGGCUGCUUGUGUUUUCGACGAGAAUGA